AGCAGAAGAGAAGGUAAAAGUAAGUCAAGAAGAAAAAGAGACAGCAAGUAAGUGAAGUGAUGGAAGGUGGAUGGUGGAAGCAGUGUAAACAGUUUAUUUAAAGGUCCUGACGGAAGACGAUACCCGACGUUACUUCUGGUUACUUGUGGUUACUUGUGUAUUGCUGUAAGACUGUAAGUUAAGUGCGCGCGCAAUGAACCAAGCCCCAGUAUCGUGUAUUCCUGCUACGACCAAGAUGUCAAAGGCCAAGAAGAUCCUUGAUGAAGCUCGGGAAAUCCAAAAUCCUGAGCUUGAUCUCGCAGAUAAAAAUAUAUCGACCUUUGAGGAGAUGCCUGGUUUGCUUAAUAUGUUAAACAUCACAAGAUUGACGUUGAGUCACAAUAAAAUCCAACUUGUCCCGCCGGGGCUAGCAAAUCUUGUCAACUUGGAGAUAUUAAAUCUAUUUAACAACCACAUCACAGAAUUGCCUAUUUCUUUAUCACAGAUGCCAAAAUUAAGAAUACUUAAUGUUGGGAUGAAUCGGUUGGAUGUUCUACCAAGAGGUUUUGGUGCUUUUCCAGUUCUUGAAGUGCUUGAUUUAACUUACAACAAUCUCCAUGAGAAAAACUUACCUGGGAACUUUUUUAUGAUGGAAACAUUACGAGCUCUCUAUCUCGCUGACAACGACUUUGAAUAUUUACCCCCAGAAAUCGGUCAUCUGAAAAAUCUUCAAAUUCUAGUACUUCGUGAAAAUGAUUUAAUAGAAUUACCAAAAGAAAUUGGCGAACUGACUCGACUCCGGGAGCUACACAUCCAAGGAAAUCGUUUGACUGUUCUUCCUCCAGAAAUCGGUAAUCUUGAUUUAGUCAGUAAUAAAGCAGUUUUUAGAAUGGAGUUCAAUCCAUGGGUUACACCUAUCGGUGAUCAAUUACAAGUUGGAAUAUCUCAUGUGAUGGAUUAUAUUCGUUCUGAAACUUAUAAAUAUGUUUAUAAUCGUCACCAAAGUGUCAAAGGACCACCUCCAGCAAUUGAAAAUGACAAGACUAAAAAAAUUUCUCGAAUGCGUUAAAGAAAUUUAAUAUCAACGCUAAAAAUUUUACAGAGACUAACUACUUAAUUUUAACAAACAAAUUACUCAGUAAGUUUAACUACUAAUACAUUAAUGGUAAUGAUUAAUUACCAAAUUAACUGCCGGUUAUUAACCGUAAGAUGGUGCCUUAAAGUCUUCAUACCUCUCACAAUUUUUUA